UUUAAAAUGUCGCAAUGCUCUGUUUUUAUAAUUACCGAACAACAGAAACACACAAAAAACGAAAACAAUGUCGAUUAUUUUGUGUUUCUUUUUGUUUCUUCUUCUCCCCGCUCUUUUCUCGUUAAUAUUCGUGAAGGAUAUCAAAUCCUCGAAACAAAAUCUUCCUCCAAGCCCACCACAGCUUCCUAUCAUCGGAAACCUACACCAGCUUCGAGGGUUGUUUCACAGAUGUCUUCAUCAUCUCUUGAAGAAACAUGGACCUUUGAUACUACUCCGUCUAGGGGUUCUUAGAAUGGUCGUGAUCUCAUCGAGUGAAGCAGCUGAAGAAGUUCUUAAAACCCAUGACACUGAGUGUUGUACAAGACCCGUCACUAUGGCCUCAACCGUUUUCUCGCGUAACGGUAAUGACAUCGGCUUUGGGGAAUACGGUGAGGCAUGGAGAGAGCUGCGUAAGCUCGCGGUUCGUGAGUUUUUCAGCGUGACAAAGGUUCGAUCUUUCAGGUACGUUAGAGAGGAAGAGUGUGACUUGAUGGUCAAGCAACUGAGAGAAUUGGCUUUGAAGCAAUCCCCUGUGGAUUUGAGCAAAACCCUUUUUUGCUUAACUGCUAGUAUCGUCUUCAGAUCUGCCUUGGGGCAGAGUUUCUUGGAGAACAAGCAUAUCGAUAAGGAAGGGAUCGAAGAACUGAUGCUUGAAGCUCACAGUAACAUGUCUUUCAAUUUAACUGAUAUGUUCCCCACUGCUGGUCUUGGAUGGUUCAUGGACUUUGUAUCAGGGCAACGUAAGAGACUUCAUGAUGUUUUCACGGAGGUUGAUACUUUUCUAAAUCAUAUAAUAGAUGAUCAUCAAUCCAAGAACUUCACACAAGAUCGUCCUGAUUUCAUCGACUACCUCUUAGAAAUGAUACCGAAACAAGAAGAAAAUGAAUCUUUCAAGCUCACCAUUGAUCAUCUCAAAGGAAUCAUCCAAGGCAUAUAUCUUGCUGGAGUAGACACAAGCUCCAUCACCAUGAUUUGGACGAUGGCAGAGCUCGUUAGAAACCCUAGAGUGAUGAAAAAGGUACAAGAUGAGAUCCAUAGUUGCAUUGGAAUCAAACACAAGGAGAGAAUCACUGAAGAGGAUCUUGAUAAGCUUCAAUACUUGAAGCUUGUGGUGCAAGAAAGCUUAAGACUACACCCACCAGUUCCUCUAUUACUCCCCAGAGAAACAAUGAGUCAAAUCAAGAUUCAAGGCUAUGACAUUCCACCAAAAACCAUUCUAGUGGUGAAUGCUUGGUCGAUAGGUAGGGAUCCUAAACACUGGAAAGAUCCAGAAGAGUUUGUCCCGGAGAGGUUUAUCACUACAAGAAAACACACCGAAUUCCGACGGAUCUUCCGACGGACACCAAGGUCGUCGGAAAUUUGCGACGGAAUACUGACAAAUUUCCGACCAAAUCCAAAAAAAUUAAGUCGUCGGAAUUCCGUCGGCCAUUUCCGACGGAAUUCCGACGACAUACGGUUCGUCGGAAUUUUCCGACGACUUUUCGACGACAUUCCGAUAAAAAAUGUAACCGUUGUAGUCGUCGGAAGUUCGUCGGUAUAUUCCGACGAAAUUCCGACGACAUUCCGAUUAAUAGCAAAGUCGUCGGAAUUCCAUCGGUAUAUUCCGACGGAAUUCCGACGAACCAUGUGACCGUUGCCGACAAAUACAUAUGACCGUUGUAUAGCCGUUUGGGAUUGGACAAUUCCGACGGAAUUCCGACGGACUUCUUUACAUCCGUCGGAAUUUCGUCGGAAAGUCGUCGGAGGUCCGUAAGCAAUUUCCUAUAAAUACAACCCCUCCUCAUUCAACUCAUUCACACUUCAUUCUCUCUUCAUUCUCUUUAGUCAUAACAAUUCCGUGAAAAUCAUGUCUUCAGAAGUUUAUUAUCGUUCGUGGAUGGAUAAACCUCAUUUGGAUCCGAACACCAAUUUGCUUACGGAAGAAUACGUUCAAGGGAUUGGAGAAUUCAUGAGGCUUGUUCAACAGCAACCGGAUGCAAAAAGUGGUAUGUUAAGAUGUCCCUGCUCUUCUUGCAAUAAUAAUAAGGUUAUAAAAGAAUUUGAUGUUUGGACUCAUUUGUAUAUGAAAGGGUUUUCACGUAAUUAUAAAGUUUGGUACCUUCAUGGGGAAACUGGUUAUGAAUAUGGUAGUACUAGCGAACCUCAGCCUGUUAGUGAACCUCAGCCUGAUAUUAGGUUAGAAGAAUCUAGAACGGAUAUAGAUUAUGGUGUAGGUACUGAGCAGAUGGUACAUGAUCAUUAUAGAGGGGAAGAACCAAACCCCGAGUCUAGGAGAUUUUUUGACAUGUUGGAUGCAGGAAAACAACCUUUGUAUCAAAAUUGUAGAGAUGGUCAUUCAGUCUUAUCAUCUGCAACUAGAUUAAUGGGUAUUAAGACAGACUAUAAUUUGGCUGAAGAAUGUAUGGAUGCGAUUACUGAUUUUGUCAAAGGUAUUCUACCUGAGGAUAACCUUGCACCGGGUUCAUACUACGAGGUUCAGAAACUUGUUGCAGGUCUUCAACUACCGUAUGAAGUGAUAGAUGUAUGUAUUGACAACUGCAUGAUCUACUGGAGAGCGGAUGAGACACGGAAUGUAUGCAAAUUUUGUGGGAAACCUCGUUAUCAGGAGACGAGGGGAAGAGUUCCGAUCCCAUUCAAAAGAAUGUGGUAUUUGCCUUUGACGGAAAGAUUGAAGAGGUUGUAUCAGUGUGAGCGCACAGCAAAAGCAAUGAGAUGGCAUGCAGAGCAUUCCACAAAUGGUGAGAUUAGACAUCCUUCAGAUGCAAAGGCUUGGAAACAUUUCCAGUCAACAUAUCCAGAAUUUGCGGAAGAGAGAAGAAAUGUUUAUCUUGGAUUAUCUACUGAUGGUUUCAGCCCAUUUGGAAAGCAUGGAAGGCAGUAUUCUCUAUGGCCAGUUAUUGUGACACCGUACAACUUACGGCCGAGCUUGUGCAUGCGACGAGAGUUUUUGUUUCUCUCAAUUCUAGUCCCCGGGCCAGAUCAUCCUAAAAGAUCACUAGAUGUGUUUCUUCAACCACUAAUAUAUGAGUUGCAACAACUAUGGGCGCAUGGUUUUGAGACAUACGAUGUUUCGCGCAAAGAAAACUUUCAGAUGCGGGCAGUACUUAUGUGGACAAUAAGUGACUUUCCAGCAUAUGGUAUGUUAUCUGGAUGGACAACACAUGGGAAGCUAUCAUGUCCAUAUUGUCAAGAUGACACAGAUGCUUUCCAACUAAAGAACGGAAGGAAAACGUGUUGGUUUGACUGUCACAGACGAUUUCUACCACCUGAUCAUCCAUACCGCAGGAGUAAGACUUCGUUUAC